GCUGGGACUUGGUCGGCGUCAAUUAUCCUUACGUGUCAUCACCCGAAUCCUUCAUCGCUUGUAGACUCCUUUGCCUCUGAAGCGGUCUGUCACUGGCUUCAACACCAUGAAGCUCAACUCUGUGGCGAGCCUCGUGGCUGCAACAGCUAGUGUUGCGCAAGCCACCGCUUCACCAGACGAUUCACUUGCGAUAUUCGCUAAGCGGAGGACGGCGGAUCUUGCCCAGUUCCCUGAUCCUACGUGGUUUAGUAAAAUCGACUCAUGGCUGUCUUCACAAAAGGAUGACGGAACUUGGUCAGAUGUGAAUUAUCUGUCGGGAUGUGCUGCGCAGCGCGCCAAUUGGCCAAUCCAAGAGCAUUGGAAUAGAUUGAUCACCUUAGGCGCUGCGUGGAGCGGUGCGAACCCUGCAGUUUCUAGUAGCCGGGCCAAGGACUCCAAGCUUCUAGCGGCGGUGCAAAAAGGCCUGGACUAUUGGUUUAGCAAUGAUUAUACUCCUGCCGACUGCAUGGGAGACGGUGGUGACGCAACAAAAGGUUGUCCCUGUGGUACGCCUGGUCUAUGGAAUACAAACUGGUACGAUCAGGCCAUAUUGAUACCCCAACUGUGUUCAACGGCAUGUUUGCUCGUCAAAGAUGCAAACCUCACCGAGACUCAACGGGCUGGGUGCGAGCGCAUUCCAUAUCGAGCAUACGCCCUUCGAGAUGGUACUUAUGGCACUGGUGGCCGCAUGACUGGAGCCAACAUGGUCUUGGUCAUGCAAAACUCAGUCACUUUGGCCCUUUUUACUGAUAAUAGUACUAUUUUGGCCGAUUCCAUGACUAGAGCCAUGUCUGUGAUGACUUUUGUCGACACUCCUGGACAAGACGGCAUUCAUCGCGACGGCACAUUCCUGCAGCAUAAUGGGAUCUUGUACAACGGCAACUAUGGCAAAGAUUUGUUAAAUGCCUUCAUCCAGCUCGAAGGGGAAGCCAUUGGCACGUCAUUUGCUGCCAACAACGAUACGCGAGCGGCUAUGUCAACUUACGUGAAGGGCGACGAGUGGCUUAUUUACACAGAUUCUCAGACUAGAACCGAGCACUGGGAUUUUAAUGCCAUUGGCCGCUUUGUUUCUUUCCCUACAGUUGACUUACAGGCCAGCGCUGAUAUUAACUUCAAUGUUUCGAAACUCGCAGCUGCCACAGCGGACUUCAAGGGGUCAUAUGCUGUCAACGACACCAUUCGCAGGCUGCUGUCCAAUGGAACAGAAAAGCUUACAGGCAACAGAGGCUUCUGGGCUAGCGACUACAUGGUCCACCGCCGAUCCAACUUCAUGCUCACAAACAAGAUGAUCUCAACAAGAUCAGCUAAUUCGGAAAGCGUGAAUGGAGCUAAUCCGUACGCGUAUCACAUGGGCCACGGAACGCUGUACUCCUACGUAAAGGGCAACGAGUACAAGGACAUUAUGGGGGCGUGGGAUUGGAAUCUUGUUCCUGGAACAACUACUUUACUCAACCAGCCCAAGCUCCAAGCAUCUCAAGUGAAGUACUACGGCUUGAAAGACUUCGUCGGCGUUGUAAGCGAUGGUAUAUUUGGCGCUGCGGUUGAAGACUACAUCGAUCCUCUCACUCAAAAUCUCUCAUAUCGCAAAUCUUGGUUCUAUGUUGAUGAAGGUGUCAUUGUCAUCACCACUGACAUCAAAAAGAAUGCUACUGCUGGAAAUGUCCCGGUCAUUACUGUACUAGAUAAUCGCGCUGCAGAUUCCUCCAGGGCUCUCGUUAAAAGUGGUUUCAUUGCACAGCUGGGAGAGCAGCAUCUAGCUACCGACACUCUCUAUUAUGGAAAUAACGGCUAUCUAGCCUACGACCGCCCUUUUCAGCUAACCUUGUCCCAAGGCAAGAGAAGCGGCAACUGGUCAGAGAUCUCUACCUCGACGCAGGGCAUGGAAACUGUCGACAUCUUCUCCGCGUAUACCACUAUCAAGGGCGACUCAUUUACCUAUGGCUUCUUUCCAUCUAUCUCAUCUCUGAAGCUACUUAAAGAGCUUGCAAAUCCCACAUGGAAACCCAUCAACAAGAAGGGGGUAUCUGGUGUAUACGGCAAGGGUAGAGCCAGUCUCUCAUUCUGGCCUGGUGGUGCAAAGUCUGUCAAGCUAGACUUGAAGGAGCUCGGAUGGUCGGACAAAGCUGGAACUCUGACAUUUACUUCCGACCAGCCAGCUUUGUAUCUACUCAGCGCACAGAAGAAGGACAAGAAGAGUGUACGCCUGGUAGUAACACUUGCGGAUCCUACGCAGAAACUUGCCGUCGCAUCCUAUUCUAUCAAGAUCUCGGGCCAGCGUUAUAAAGUGAGAGAGGUAGACGAGAAGAGCGAAGGCCUUGAGAAGAGAGGUGAUGGCAGCAUUGGCUUUGGUGUGAAGCUGCCUGCUGGAGGCUUGGCUGGAUCAUCAAUUAGCGGCGAAGUGAUUUUGGAGUUGAAUUAG